UCGAAUCCAAGAUGGCGGCUUUGUCGCGUGUUUCUGGUUUACCUUCUUUAUACCGAAAUUUCUCGGGAAUUUUUAGGAAUUCUAUUCUCCGAUCGAAGCAGAUUUCACCUGUGAGUGUUCUUCCAGUGAGAUGGCUGAAUCUUCAUGAAUAUCAAAGCAAGAAGAUCAUGCAAGAUAAUGGACUUAAUGUUCAACGAUUCAUAGUCAGUGAGAAUGCUGAAGAAUCUGUCAAGCUAUCUAAAGAACUAAAUGCUGCUGAAUAUGUGGUGAAAGCUCAGAUCCUUGCAGGAGGUAGAGGCAAAGGAACAUUCAAUAGUGGUCUCAAGGGUGGAGUACACUUAACUAGAGACCCAGAGAAGGUUGGAGAGCUAACAAAACAAAUGUUUGGAUACAACCUGGUCACAAAGCAAACGACAGAGGAGGGUGUGCCAGUGAGAAAGGUAAUGGUGGCAGAAGCAUAUGAUAUCGACAAAGAGACUUAUCUUGCCAUACUGAUGGACAGAGACUUUAAUGGCCCAGUAAUAGUCGGCAGCCCAAAAGGAGGAAUGGAUAUUGAGGAGGUUGCCAAGGAAACGCCUGAAUACAUAUACAAGGUUCCUGUGGACAUUGUGAAGGGAUUGUCUGAAAAAGAUGCUAGAUGGUUGGCUGGCAAAUUGGAAUUCACUGGUAAUUUACAAGAACAGGCAGCUCAACAAAUCAAGAAGCUUUACAAGUUAUUUCUUAAAGUGGAUGCAACCCAAGUAGAAAUAAAUCCUUUUGGACUGACUCCAGAUGGAAAAGUGGUGUGCUUUGAUGCCAAGUUCAACUUUGAUGACAAUGCAAGGUUUAGACAAAAAGGCAUCUUUGCUCUUGAAGACAACACAGAAACUGAUCCACGUGAAGUACAAGCAGCAGAACAUGACCUGAACUACAUUGGAAUGGAUGGCAACAUUGCGUGCUUAGUGAAUGGUGCUGGCCUUGCUAUGGCAACUAUGGACAUUAUAAAGUUACAUAAAGGUGAACCAUCUAAUUUCCUUGAUCUUGGUGGUGGCGUCCAGGAAGAAGGAGUGCUGCAUGCAUUCAAGAUCGUUAGCCAGGACCCAAGGGUUCGAGUGAUUCUAGUAAACAUAUUUGCUGGUAUUGUUGACUGUGCUGUAGUUGCCAGUGGUAUUGUAUCUGCCUAUGAGAAGCUCAAACUUGAUGUCCCAAUAGUAGUUCGAUUAGAAGGUAAUAAUGUCGAUAAAGCCCAACAUCUUCUAGAAGAAAGUGGUUUGCCAUUGAUUUCUGCUCAUGAUAUGGAUGAUGCUGCCAUCAAGGCUGUAGUCAGCCUCAGUGAUUAGAAGAUUAUUAGCCUUCUGUUCCCAGUUGUACAAAGGGUGGAUAAGUACUAUCCAAUGGAUACUGUAAAUCUUACCCAGUGGAUAAAUUUAUUGGAUAAGAGCAUGGACUUAUCCACUGGAUAAGGAUUUAUCUAUUGGAUAGAGCUAUCCACCCUUCAUACAACCAGGCCAUGGGGUUUUUAAUGUAGUAUGUAGUUUCAAUUUCAAGCUAGUACGACCAGAUAAUAAUAUUGAAACUUAUUUGUUUGAGGCAAAACAAAAGAAAAUAUUUGAAACUAAUUUGGUUUAAAGAAAUACAGUUACAAUAUCCUUGAGAAGAACUGGGAAUUUGGUAGGGGAGUGGCAUCAAAACAUGUGACUUCUCCAUUAGUACCUUGGGUAUGGAAUGAAUGGAUUUGGACAACUCAAGCUUUUUAUCAGAAAUGUUAUGUAUUUUUUUAAAGCCAAAAUGUGUAGUUCCAGAAAAUAUCCAUACCCACCAAGGGAAAAAAUUGGAAAUUCUGGGGAGAGGGGGGUUAGAGAAAGAACAAAAUUACAGAGUUUGCAUGGAAGAAAAUUGGAAGUUCCUGGGGGUAGGGGGGUCCUUUUACAGAUUUCCUCCGUGGUGAGGGUAUGGAUAUUGUCUGGAACUACAUAAUAUAAGGAAACUUGUCAUGCCUGGAGUUUUCUUUACCAGAGAAGUAUGAAGAGCUACCUUCCUUGAUUCCAUACUUUAGGUCUGUUUUAGCUUGAAUUCGAAUAACUUUGUUUAAACUGGUAUAUAAAACAAGUUCACUGAAUUACUGUAUAAUUCGUAGUGAACAGUACUUUUUUAUAAAUGAAGGCGAAAUUAUUAAUGAAUGCUUGGAACUUAUCUUCAAUUCUUUUAUUUUGACUACUUUGGCUCAAAAUUUGCCAUACAUUUAUAGAUCUUUGCACUUCACAGUGCCCAUUGUAAAUUGUAGCAAUUUUGUUCUGAAACUUUUAGCUGUGUGGACAGCAAAGUACUAGUAUAUUUUACAAUUUGAUUUAAACAAGCUAUUUGUUUAGUUUUUCUGUUUUCUGUUUUUUGUUUUGUUUUUAUUUCUUGUUUUCGUUUUUUUUKUUUKUUUUUUUUUUUUUAUUAUUAUUAGUCCCUUUUCAUUUAAAACUCGAUUUUUUUGGACAGUGUAGCCAGGAGAUCAUGGGAAAGCGUUAUCAAUAUGACAUUUAACUAAGAUGAAAUUAAUAAGAUAGAAAUUAAGAAAUGCUACUUUUUUGUAUUGUCAAUCAUAUGAAUGAAAAUAAAAGGUGUGAUAAGUAUUUUA